AUGUUUCUAAGCGAGUACUUUCAGCACAAACGGGACUGCAAGUUCAAGCAAGCCCAACGCCAACAACGGAUCGACGCCCUCCCAGCAGAGUACAAAUCACCCGUCACCCCAGACGAAAAGGAGAUAUUUUCCGCGCCAAUCGAUUCACUGGUCGCCAAUGUCCAAAACGGCACCACCCAUCCGCUGAGCAUCCUCCGCGCGUAUGGAAAGCUUGCGCUAAGGGCGCACUCUCAGACUAACUGCCUAACGGAGAUUAUGUUUUCUUCAGCGGAGCAGUGGAUCAACGCUGCACGCACCAAAACAGAAGUAGACAAGGGAGGGAACCCGCUGCCGAACCUAGAGGGGUCGUUAGCGGGUAUCCCGGUGUCGCUGAAGGAUACGAUCAUUGUUGGGGGGUAUGACACGACGGUGGGGUACAGCUCGUUUGUGGGAAACGACGACGGCAAAGAUGGGGCGAUGGUGAGGAUGCUGAAGGAUAUGGGGGCUGUGCCGCAUGUCAAGACGAAUUGUCCGAUUACGUUGUUGAGUUUUGAGAGCGGGAACGAUGUUUGGGGGAGGGCAGAGAAUCCGUUUAAAAAAGGGUAUAGUCCCGGGGGGAGUACGGGGGGUGAGAGCGCGCUGUUGGCUAUGGGGGGGAGUAGGAUUGGGGUUGGGAGCGAUGUGGCGGGGAGCGUGAGGUUGCCGGCGCAUUGGGCAGGUUGUUAUGCGUUGAGGUGCUCGACGGGGAGGUGGCCUAAGGCGGGAAUCAAGACUAGUAUGCCUGGGCAGGAGGGGGUGCCGAGUGUGUACAGUCCUAUGGCGAGGACGUUGGGGGAUUUGAGGUAUUUUACUAGGGAGGUGAUUGAAUUUGGGCCGUGGAGGUAUGAUGGGACUGUUCACCCUCUUGCGUGGAGGGGGGAGAUGGAGAAGGGGUUUGAGCAGAAGGAGAAGUUGAAGGUUGGGGUGAUGUGGACGGAUGGGGUUGUUGAUCCGAGUCCUGCCUGUCGGAGGGCGUUGGAGACGGUUGUGAAUGCGUUGAAGGCGCAGGGGCACGAGAUUGUUGAGUUGGAUGGAGAGCACGCGCCGCCGGAUCUGUAUGAGGGGUUGAAGAUUGCCUCACUGGUGUUGAAUGCGGAUGGCGGGCAGAUGUUUGACUCUUUUAGGCGACCUGGGGAGUGGCUGGAUACUGGAGCUGCUCAGAUCAAAUCACUGGCGAGUUGGUGGAACCCGUUUAGAUGGUUCUAUUACCUUUGGGUGAAGUAUGUCAGGAGAGAUCACGUUUGGGCUGGUUUGGUUGAGAAUUGGAGAGCACAGUCGGCUUUUGAGAACUGGAAGCUGGUUGCUCGGAGAGAGGAGUACAGAGCCAAGUGGUUUGAGUGGUGGAAUCAGCAGGGUUUGGAUGUCAUUGUUUCGGUUCCGAAUGCAACGCCUGCGCUGCCCCUGAAUGCGAUGAAGGAUGCUUUCAGCAGCUCCGGCGUCCUUCCCGUAACCAAGGUCCAAGCCGAACUUGACGGCCUUCCAGAAGACUUCAACAUCAGAAAGCUCAAUGGUGUUGCUCGUGGGGCCUACAAGUACUACGACGCCGAGAAGAUGGAUGGCCUGCCCGUGGGCGUGCAGGUUAUUGGUCGCCGACUGGAAGAAGAAAAGGUUCUGGCGGUGAUGCAGCGGGUGGAAGACGCCCUGGGAGAGGACAAGUAUCAGCCCAUCAGUGUCGGCAGACUUCAGCUAGAGUAG